GAACGUCGCAUUCACUCGGAUUUGGAUCCUGUUUCCAAAAUGAGGAUCUUUCAAGUAGUUCUGACGCUUUCCGCAUUUACUUUGGUCUCUGCAGCAUGGGAAGGAGAGACCAGAGUGGAAGAACUUUGCCGGGAGCGAAACGAAGCGGGAAAAGAUGCAUUCAAAGCUAUGGUAAUUGCUCUGUACAGUCAGAAGUUUGCCAAUGGUACAUUUGAAGAAAUCAGUGCCACUUCUGACCACAUUCUUAAAAUAUUGGAAAAGUGUUGUUCCCCUGAUGCUAAUCCAGGUUGUUAUGAGAAGGAGACUCGGGAACUGGUUACAUUGUUCUGUAGAAAAGACUCCCCAUUUCCAAAGCACCCAGAUCUGGACAAGUGCUGCGGCAAAGGUGAACAUGAAUGGGGAUUGUGUCUCGCGUCCUUGCACUAUUCCUCUGAGGAGCUGCCGUCUCUCCAGGAGCUCACAAACGAGGAAAUCUGUGAGCAGUUGAAACAUGGCGCUCAAGUCUUCUCAGCAAGGUAUACGUAUGAGCUUUCCAGGAGGUACCAAUCUAUUCCAGCUGAUCUGGUGCUAAAAGCUACAAAGAAUUAUGUGGAAAUGGCUGAGAAGUGCUGCAGCCGAUCACUUUCCAAGAUCUGUUUCCUCCAAGAGAGAUUACAGCACAAGGAUUUUAAUAUUUUCUUGAGAUAUGCUUCAAAUGUUUGUGAAAAUGCAAGACACUUGAAAACCCAUAAAACAGCGUUCAUGGUGUAUUACGCCAGUCUGCUGAAGCUCCCGUUCGACGACGCCUUCACCGCGACCCGCUCCAUACGUGACAAUCUGGCCUGGUGCUGCUCACAGAAAAAUUCCCGUUGUCUGACAGAGAAGUUCACAGAACUCCACCAAGCCCUCUGUAAUGACUCGUCCCCUGGGCUGAAGUCCGAGGACUUUCAGAAAUGCUGCGGCAAAGCCCCGCCGGGCGCCCUGCCCUGCAUGGACAACCUGGAGAGACACGCCCAGCUGUUCCCCGGCACAGCGCUGUCCUCUCUGUCUGACCUUUGUGACACCGGCGACGGCAAGGCACUGCAAAGGUUUUGGUUUCAGACUGGAGCCAAGUAUCCUUCUAUCCCUGUGUCAGUGUUUGCUUCCUUCAUGGACGUCAUCAAACUAAUUUCAGAGCCCUGCUGCAAUGCUUCUGAUGCCAAAGGUUGCGUGAACUUCAACCUGACUGACUUCGCAACGGCUGCUUCAAAGUUUGAACACCUUUGCUCAAAAUAUUUCAAACUGGACUGGGCCGAGUUCAAAAAAGCGGUUCAGGGAGACUUGCAAAGUGAAGCCCCGGCGGCGGCGGCGGCGGAGGCGGAGGCGGCGAGCCAGAACCACGACGAAGCCAGGGCUCAGGUCUUGACAAAUUUCGCCUCAAGCUGCUGCUCCCGAUACGCACCGGCAAGGAAAUGCAAAAACAUGGUAGAAGAAAUGACGGUGUGCAAGAAGGACGACUGUUGAGUACCCGGAUGAUGUGACGCCCGACAGGUGGAAUGCAGCAGAGAUGGAAAGGGACAAAUACAUGCAGACACAAACUAUAAUGCUAUAUUAAUGGCAGUCAUUUAAAGAAUAAAUAACAAUAAAUAUAGUCGUGCAAAAGCUUCACAGCUCUUUUGGUCUCAUCAUCCCCAUGGAGAAAUUCUUGUGUUUUUAAGAAUGUGAUCCUACUGUUUCUUGUAUAAGAAACGAAAUCGGUGGGCGGGUUGCAAAUUUCCCCAUUGUAUGUACAGCUGCUACUAGUUUAAUCAUUAAUGAUUUAUUAUUGUUAGUGUAAUAAAGUUUGAUUUCACACACAA